AUGACCACCAUCAGCCCCUUGCACCCUUACUGGCCUCGGCACCUACGGCUGGACAACUUUGUGCCUAAUGACCGUCCCACCUGGCAUCUCCUGGCUGGCCUGUUCUCUGCAUCCGGGGUCUUAGUCAUGACCACAUGGCUGUUAUCAGGUCGAGCUGCUGUUGUCCCACUGGGGACUUGGAGACGACUGACCUUGUGCUGGUUUGCAGUGUGCGGGUUCAUUCACUUGGUGAUUGAGGGGUGGUUUGCCCUCUACCAUAAGGACCUCCUUGCAGACCAAGCCUUCUUAUCCCAACUAUGGAAAGAGUAUGCCAAAGGGGACAGCCGAUACCUUCUGGGUGACAACUUCAUAAUAUGCAUGGAAACCAUCACGGCUUGGAUGUGGGGACCACUCAGCCUAUGGGUGGUGAUUGCAUUUCUCCGCCAGCAAUCUUUCCGCUUUAUCCUACAGCUUGUGAUCUCUGUGGGCCAGAUAUACGGGGAUGUACUCUAUUUCCUGUCAGAGCUCCGCGAUGGGUUCCAGCAUGGAGAGCUGGGUCACCCACUCUACUUCUGGUUUUACUUUGUCUUCAUGAAUGCCCUGUGGCUGGUGGUGCCUGGACUCAUAAUACUUGAUUCUAUAAAGCAUCUCACUAAUGCCCAGAGCACACUGGAUGCCAAGACCUCAAAAAUCAAGAGCAAGUAG